AGGACGUCUGACCUCCUUUGCCGGCAACCCGGGGGCUUCGCGAACUUGAAGCAAGCACCAUCAUAGGCCCGCUAAGCAUCGAGUGAAGCAGGCGGACUCGUCUCCUCUCCACCUGGUCUGAACCCUUCCCCUCCUUUGUUUCCCGUCACUCCUUUACCUGCGUUGUCAACAUACUUUGUGUCCGACGACAACCCUCCGCGCGUACCCGGGGAUAGAAUAGAGCCGACAGUUGCAACCACUGUUGGGCCACCUCGAGCAGCGUAAUCUACGAGCAUCCCGAAUCGGCGCACGCAACACAUCAUGGCGAACUCGACCUUGCCGGACAACGGCCAAUGGAACAGCAAACCAGCCUGGAAGCUGCCAGGAUGGUGCGAACCUGUUAUGGUAGCCAGCAUACUUUUCUUCGCCAUGUUCAUAACACGAAAGCGCGACUUUAAAAUCUUCGGCCGGUCAUCACAGCGCACCGGCUUCCUCGACAACACCCCGAACGAGUCUACAGACCGCCUCCUCCAGUCCGACAGCGACAGCGAAUUCGACGAGAUCAGCGCGGUUAAGAACCCCAACGCACCCAAAGUUCGAAGCAUCUUCUGCUGGAAAGUUACGACACCCAACACAUCGCGUUUCCGCCACCAUGUACACAGUCGCAUACUGCAGCGCUUCCCUUUCUUAAUUGAGAUGUUCUAUUGGGUUAUCAACUAUGCCUUCUACCGCAUGACUGGCGUCGUAUCGGCUAAGCUCUUCGCUGGGCGCGGGAUAUGGGACGUAUCUCAGGAACACGGAAUUGCAGUACUGGAAGCGGAGGAAUAUGGCCUCCUGAGGUUCUUGUUCCCGGUUCGAGAGAGGGACGUACAACAGUGGUUCAUGCAUGGACACCAAGAUGCGCUUACAGUGCUGAACAAGUGCUAUGCGCUGAUCCACAUCCCAGGAACUGUUGGCUUCAUCUGCUGGUACUACUAUGUAGCCCCGUCAUUUGACACUUUCGCCGUCGCCCGCCGAACCCUCACCCUUACCAACUUCUGCGCUUUCAUGACCUUCGUUGUAUACCCAUGCAUGCCACCACGACUCCUACCCACCGAGUACGGCUUCCUCGACACCGUCCGCCAUGAUGACGCGCAAAGUGUAUGGAUGAGUGGCAAGUUUGUCAACCAACUCGCAGCGAUGCCUUCGAUGCACUUUGGCUACGCAUUCUGCAUUGGCAUGACCAUGAUCUACCAUUCGGGUCUCUUCCGCCGCACCUUGGAACAGGGCGAAGUGCGCAAGAACGCCUUCUGGAAGAUCUUCUACCUGAUUGUUGGAAUAGGAUACCCCUCUUUCAUCCUGACGGUCAUUGUUGCUACGGCCAACCAUUACUUCAUGGACGCCUUGGUGGCUACCUGCUUCGUCUUCUUCUCUUUCCUUUGCAACAAGGUCUUCUACGUCUUCAUCCCGCUCGAAGAUCUCCUGCUUUACGUUAUCCGGGCGGAUAAACCCGUUCCCACAACCGGUGACCGCUUCCAUGAGAAGGGUGGUCGGUUAUAGUUUUGGCAGCUUGAUCUCGGCUUUUGGUUUUGGUUAACUACCACGGUCGCUUACACUUCGUCGCAUUUACAGGAUAUUGCAUUACAGGCGGCGUUGGUCCAAGCAGUAAACGUAUCGCACGUGGUUAUUAGACUCGCGGCGAGUUUAUAUGUAAAUAUUCUGAAUUCAUACUCAAACAUUAUCGUUCAAUUUGUUC